GUUAACAUAAAGUAUGGUGAAUGUACAGGCACGUUUAAUUGUACUUUUCUCCUUUUGUGGAAUCAUUUUGAUAAUAUAUACAAAUAUAAAACAUAAUGGAUAUAAAGGAUCAAACAAAGAUGACUUUAAGCUACAACCACAAAUGAUGAUAUCAGGAGGAAGAAUAAAACCUGAAAAACAGGACCAAAUGGCCAAAAAACUACCAGGAGUAAUAAAUAUUGGUGUUUCAAAAUGUGGCACGGGGGCACUACAAACUUAUAUGAAAAUUCACCCGAAUAUUGUAACGUACCCGCAUCUUGAGGCAGAAACUCAUUUCUUUGAUAAAAAAAUUAAUCAACGCCUCCCAUUUGAGCAGGAAAUACAAAGAUACAAAAAUAUGAUGCCCGAAGCAUUUCCAAAUGAAACCGUCUAUGAGAAAACGCCAUCAUAUUUUGAUGUAGAAGUUGUUGACCCAUAUGACCUCUACAGAAUGAACCCUGCAGUGAAGCUGAUAUUACUGGUUUGUGACCCUGUGAGGAGGACAAUGUCAGCCUAUCUGAACCAAGUCUAUUUGCGAGGAUUGGACAAGCCCUAUGAAUAUUAUACACUUGAUGAGGACGGCAAUGUAAAUGCAGAAGCUGAAAAUAUCCAUAAAGGCAGAUAUGAUAAACCUCUUCUAGAAUAUUUGAAGUAUUUCCCACAAAAUAAAAUUCAUAUUUUGGAAA